UCCCACAAGGGUGUGUCGGCGGCCACCAUCACAUCAACCUCAAUGAAAGACAUCACACCUAGCAAGAAGGCUAGUAAGCGCAGAAAAAUUACCUGACAACACAAACCCUCCAUCGACAAGUACAUGAACUGGGAUGUCUGCGGCCGACUGGUACGCCCACAAAUCGCUCGGAGACGGACUCUUCUGGAUCCAGGAGCGGUUUUACCAGUCGGAGAACAGGGCCAACAUCUGGCUGCUCCGCGGUUCGCACCAAGACGUCGUCAUAGACACAGGUUUAGGCUUGAGGAGCUUACCUGACUACAUCGACGCAAAGGGGCUGCUCGGCAAAGAUCCUCAAAGGAAGAACCCGUUGCUGGCCAUCGCCACCCACGCCCACUUCGACCACUCGGGCGGUCUGCAUCAGUUCCAACAGGUGGGCGUCCACAGCGCCGAGGUUGAUGCCUUGGCCAACGGGGAUAAUUUCGAAACGGUCACCUGGCUCAGCGACAGGGAGAUUGCCGAAGCUCCAAGUCCAGGAUGGAGGGCAAGGCACUACAAAGUCAAAGCUGUGCAGCCGACACACAUCCUGCAGGAGGGUGAUGUCAUCAACCUGGGUGAUAGACAGCUGACAGUACUUCACAUGCCUGGUCACUCUCGGGGCAGCAUUUGCCUUCAUGAUCAUGAGAACAAGUUGCUUUUCAGUGGAGAUGUGGUGUAUGAUGGCGCCAUGAUUGACUGGCUGCCCUACAGCCAUGUCAGUGACUACAUCAGCAGUUGUGAGCGUCUCGUUGGUCUUGUGGACAGUGAACAGGUUGAUCAAGUCCUCCCUGGACACUAUAACACCUUUGGUGCAAAGCGGCUCCAUCGGAUUGCAUCCGCAUAUAUCAGCAGAGCUGAAACCUGUCCUGCAAAGUUCUCCACAUUUGCUUGGAGUACUCUCGCUGGAGUGGCACUGCGAGCUUUCAACCCACGGAGUGCCUGCUAAUAAAAGAGGAUGUUGGAAGUGAAGAAAGCACUACACUGCACAAUAUAUUGUAUGAAGAUGGACAUAAGUGGGGUAAUUUAUCUGUAACUCAGUGUAACAUUGUUCAUUUACUUAUGUAAUCCAACACAAGUCAUACAAUUGCCAAACCACAUAAAAUGCCCCUAUUGGGUUACAUAAGUCAAUAAUCAGUAUCAUAAGGAGCAUAAAAUAUAAAGUAUUUAUUAGUGUGAUUGUGUAUAUUCAUAUAUUGAUAAUUAUGUUUUGUUUGAGUAUGAUUAAAUGUAUGAUUUUUAUACUUAAAGCAGUUGUAAAGCUACAAUAGCACAACAAUGGUACAACUCUGGACUUCAAACAUAAAGCAGGGAGCUAUCGAUUCUCCUCCGAGACAUUUGAAAGUGAGUCAGUAUGGCCAUAGUAUUUCUCUAUGCAUAUUACAGUGAAGACAAAAUGUCGACUACCUCCUAUGUUUGUAACAGGGCUUUGUACUAUUAACAAAUCGAAGGCUUUGGUAUUGGAACAUUGACAAUAAAGCCUCUGUUCUCACUGCAUUUCUUGAUGCUUCUA